UAUAUAAAUAUAUAUAUAUAAGUGCGUUACGAACAAAAGCAUUACUCCAAUUCAAAGUAAAACGUUUCUAUUUUCAUGCACUGAAGCUUUCCAAACAGAAAACACAGAGAAAAUAACAAAAGAUCCAAAAACAAAAUUUCUUUCUUAAUUACCUUGAAUUAUCAUGGCGUCGGAGAUUUCGAAUAUAACAUAUGAAGAGGGCCAUAUCAUAAACUCACGUGGGAUGAAGCUUUUCACGUGCAAAUGGAUACCUGAAAAUCAAGACCCCAAAGCCUUAAUCUUCAUCUGCCAUGGUUACGCCAUGGAGUGUAGUAUCACCAUGAACAGUACUGCGACUCGAUUAGCAAAAGAGGGAUUUGCAAUAUAUGGUAUAGAUUAUGAAGGGCAUGGAAAAUCAGCUGGCUUACAAGGCCUUGUUAAUAGCUUUGACGACGUCGUUACAGACUGUUCUGAUCACUUCACAUCCAUAUGUGAGAAGAAAGAAAACAGAGGAAAAUUGAGAUAUCUAAUGGGUGAGUCUAUGGGAGGAGCAAUGGUUCUUAUGGUUCACCAGAGAAAGCCUGAUUAUUGGGACGGUGGCGUUUUGGUCGCACCUAUGUGUAAGAUUGCAGAUGAUAUGAAACCACCUCCACUAGUGAUCAGUAUUUUGAGCAAGCUUUCUAAGAUCAUUCCAUCUUGGAAAAUAAUUCCCACUAACGACAUUAUUGACCUUGCUUUCAAAGUUCCAGAAGUUAGACAAGCGGUUAGAGCUAAUCCAUAUUGUUACAAGGGCCGGCCUAGGUUGAAGACAGGCUAUGAACUUUUGAGAGUUAGUACUGCUCUUGAACAGAAACUUGAACAGAUCUCAUUUCCAUUCCUAGUUUUACAUGGAGAAGAUGAUCGAGUAACAGACAAAUCAGUGAGCAAACUGUUAUACGAAACAGCCUCAAGUAAGGACAAGACCUUCAAGUUGUAUCCAAAAAUGUGGCAUGGAUUACUCUAUGGGGAGCCACCAGAGAACAUUGAUAUUGUAUUUUCUGACAUAAUUGGGUGGUUACAACAAAGAACUGCCUUUGGAAAUUCCAGGUUGGAAAACGAGCUCAAGGCCCAGAACGAUAUGUUUUCCAAGAAAUAAACAAUGGUUAUCAAAGUAACAGAAAUUAAGUAAUUUAAUAUAUAUGAAAAUAUAUAUGACUUUACGUUGAGUCUACCAAAAGUAUAAGACUUGAAAAAUCCUUUUAUGCACUUCUAGUAGUAUUAGUUUAUCAUUUUUUGAAUUUUUUAAAUUAAGUCCUUAAUUUGACUUUAUGUAAAUUUUGAGUGGUUCAAAAUUGGAUCUAUUCUAAAUCAAUGUUUGUAUAUCAGAUUGAGUGAAAAAAAAUAAAUAGUUAUCUUUAUAUGAUAUCAA